AUGGCACUCAAUAGAUCAUGGGUUCUUCUGAUAGUGGUGGCUGGGAUGGAGAGGUUCGUGUUCAAGGGGAUAGCGUCCAAUCUGGUGAUGUAUCUGACGGAUGUGAUGAAGAUGAGUAAUUCGUCUGCGGCCAAAACCGUUAACAGUUGGUAUGGUUUUACAUCGAUGUUGCCGCUAGUGGUGGCACCGUUGGUGGAUUCUUACUGGGAUCACUACUCGACCAUCAUAGCAUCCUCUUUCGUGUAUCUCCUAGGGAUUUUGGCUUUGAUUUCAACGACAUUCAAUAAACGAAAACCUUCUUCAUCAUCGCUAUUCUCAUCAUUAUACUUAAUUUCACUAGGCCAAGGCGGGUAUGGUCCAUCAUUGCAAGCAUUCGGAGCUAAUUUGUUCAAACCUCAUGACGAAUUGCUGACAGUAAAAAAUGAUCAGGAUCCAGACAACAAGAGUCGGUUCUUCCAAUGGUGGUACUUUGGCAUAUGCAGUGGUAGCCUUUUAGGCGUUUCGAUUAUGCCAAACAUACAAGAUUUGGCCGGGUGGGGUAUUGGUUUCACGGUGCCCGCCAUGAUCAUGGUUAUGUCCAUGAUCUUAUUCUGGUGUGGCGGUCAGAUUUGUUCAUACAACCAAGACAAAAGCGUCGAGAUAAACGUUACCUCCUUCAGAAAUAUAGUCAAAGCCAUCAAAUGCUCGAUGUUGAAAGUCGUUUGUUCGAAAUCGGAUGAAAAGCCACAUAUUGUGGACAUAGAGCUCGAAGAAAACCCACUCUGUUUAAAAGACGACGUCAAAAGCGAGUGUUCAUCGGAAAACAACAAUCAACGGCUCAGAAUCAUGGAAGUCGUCGUCCGAUUGCUACCGAUCUGGACAACAUUACUCAUGUUUGCAGUAGUUUUCCAACAACCAGCAACAUUUUUCAUAAAACAAGGAGUAACAAUGAAACGAAACAUCGGAAAAAGCUACAACAUUCCUCCGGCGACUCUCCAAAGCGCAAUCACGAUCUCGAUAAUCCUCCUGAUGCCAUUCUACGACUCCAUCUUCAUUCCUUUCACUCGUUUCAUCUUACGCAACGAGAAAGGAAUCACAACGAUGCAAAGGAUCGGAAUCGGAAUGUUCCUUUCCGUCAUCGCAAUGGUAUUUGCAGCGACGGUGGAAUCGAAGAGGCUUGAAUCAACGAGAUCUAGAUCUGGACGGUUGAGUAUCUUCUGUUUGUUGCCGCAGUAUAUUCUGUUAGGGAUCWCGGAUAUUUUCACGGUGGUCGGAAUGCAGGAGUUUUUCUACGGCGAGGUUCCGGCAGGGAUGAGGACGAUGGGAAUCGCGAUGUGUACAAGUGUGUUUGGAGUUGGAAGCUUUGUGAGUGCUUUAAUGGUGUUUUUGGUGGAGAGAUUUACAGGUUCGAAAGAGGGAAAAGGAAAGUGGCUUUGUGAUGAUAUGAAGGAAGCCAGAUUGGAUAAAUAUUAUUGGAUGUUAGCAUGUGCAAGUGCUUUAAGCUUCAUAGCAUUUAUUGUGCUUUGUAAGUUGUACAAAAGUAGUGCUUAA